CCCAAAGUGUUUGAUCUGGAAUAACCUAACUGUACUCCCGAAUACCGUUUCUCAUCUCUCUCUACCGCUCAUCUCGCAGCCGGUCGUACGCAGUCUACGCCACGCCGUUCCUCCAAUAUCCUGAGCAUUUGAUUGAAGGAACAAAAAAGAUGAGGCCAUUGGAUGAGAAUGAAACGACCCAAGUCUUUGAAAAGCUGUAUAAAUUUGUGGGCAAUAAUUUGAAGAACAUUGUGGAAAGUCCAUCUCACGAGGGGCCUGAACCUUCUCCGGGUCGGUACUGUUUCCGUCUUCAAAAGAAUCGUGUCUACUACGUGUCGGAAUCCCUUGUCAAACGGGCUACUAACAUAAAGAGAGACAACCUCAUUUCUUUGGGGACCCAAAUUGGGAAAUUCACAAAAGGAGAAAAAUUUCACCUGACAAUCCAGUCCCUGAGUUUGCUGGCAGCACAUGCAAAACACAAAGUAUGGCUAAAACCAACGUCGGAGAUGAGCUUUCUGUAUGGGAACAAUGUGUUGAAAGGUGGAGUUGGCAGGAUAACGGAGAAUGUGAAUUUGCAUGAUGGGGUUGUGGUGUUCUCAAUGUCCGAUGUGCCCCUGGGGUUUGGAGUUGCUGCUAAAAGCACACAGGAUUGUAGGAAGCUGGAUCCUAAUGCUAACGUGGUUUUGCACCAAGCUGAUAUUGGGGAAUACUUGAGGAUGGAGGAUGAACUUUAAACCAGGAAAAAUUUUGUAUCUUUAAAUGAUUUUUGUUUGGAGAGUUCACUUUGCAGUGUGAGUGUAUAUUGAUUUUGGCAAAUGAUAUUCUGGCUUAUCGUAUCUGAUUUUCUAGGUCCUUGUGAGUUGUGACCUGCAUUUGCUGAAAUGUAAUGAAAUGUUCUCUUCUCUGCAUGGAUAUCUGCUUGGAGCCUUGGAGCAUUUUUGGUUUUACAUUUGUCUCCCCUUAGCAGGGUAGGAUAUGUUUUAGUAAUUUUUUUGAUGUCUAAAAAGUUAUGCAGCCUGUUUCUUUACUCA